CGCAUCUAUAAUGUUUAUUCGUUCGUUGAAAGAUGGUCAUUUUGCUCUUUACAAAUAUCAUCGGCGUUCGUAAGUUAGUGACAUUUGUUGUUUUUUUUUCCUCGAUUUUUAUUAACCGAAAUUCUUACGAGAUCUUAUUAUUGAUUUCUUUACGCCAUUUGAAAAUCUGAAUUGUUGCAUUCAUGAAUGUGUUACUGGUGUUCUCAAUGUUUGCAGCCUCAUCUUGGGGUUUGAAAUUUUCUUUCACGAAUGAUACUGAGUUGGGAAUUUUUCGACGUCAGGCAGUGAUACUAAAUUGUUCGAGUGACGAAGAAAUAGAAUGGCUCAUUCCCGACGAUAGUAAUGCUGUGAUAAAACACGUUUCAAGUAAUGAGUCGAGUAUUGUAAUUAAGCAGACCACGAAAUGUGAUAGUGGUGAUUACAUAUGUAGACCUAAAAAUAACGUUAAGGAAUUCGCUCGGAUACGCAUACAUGUUUCAGGAUUGCGAUACUCUUUCGAAAACGGGACCGACAUAAUAAUCAAACUGGGUCAAGAAUUCAACUUCAGUUGUUCAAGCGAUGGAGGAGUGGACUGGGCCAUUCCCUUUAGCAGUUUGGCAUCUAUUAAUAACAUAUCGGUUUUUGAAGAAAGAGUCGUGUCAAACAAAUCAGUUCUAUCGGAUAGUGGAGAUUACGUAUGCCGAGCAAAAACCAACGUGAAUGAUUUCGCUAGAUUGCACCUCUCCAUUGCAGAGUUCGGCAUCAAUUAAUACCAUUUCAGUAUUCGAAGAAAUAGUUGUGUCAAACAGAUCAAUUGAAUUCGAUAGUGACGAUUACGUAUGCCGAUCAAAAACCAACAUGAAUGAAUUCGCUUGGUUUCACCUCAUCCUCUACUACGAUGCAGGUGAUGCACUUUUUCCAAUAGUAGGUUCUUAAGGACCUACUUACUCUAAUUUUAGUUCUAAUUUUAUGAAAAUUAGAUGCUUAUUAUAAUAAAAAUAUUAUAAAACAUAAUACAGAAAGUGAUUAUAAAUUUGAUAAUAAUGCUAAUUAAUAAAAUCAUGUAGGUAAUUUUUUUUUGAAUAGGUACUUACAAUUAGAUGCAAUUUUUCAACGAAAAGAAUAUUGUAAAUUUUACCAAUAUUAUCUUUUUUUUGCUAGCUGCAUUCUUUCCUAAUUAAAAUAAAAAUAU